AUGGAUCUCGAGAAGUGUACGGUGGUGCAGCUAAAAAACGCAUUGCGUGAAGCGCAGUUGAAAACCUCAGGAACAAAGGAGGAGUUAAUUUUAAGGCUUCAAGAUAGUGGGUGUACAGUAUUGCCGGCUGCACAAGAGGGGGCGGUAAUGGAGCAGGUCGAUCAAGAAGGUGGAUGUGAGGCUCCGGAGCGACAAGUGAAUAACGAUCUGAGGCAGUUGCAGCAGGAAGUGAGUGGUCUUAAAAAGAUGAUCGAAACACUCACAGCAGCACUGGGGCAGACCGGCUUGUCAGGAAGAACCAUGGACAGGUUUCUGACAAAAACAUCCAAUCUAAUUCCUGAAAAGGACAGCGAUGUUUCCCAAACAAAAGCUUCAUGCAGUGAAGAUGAGCAGAAAUUUAAAAGAAAAUUCAGAGUUGAAUGGUUCCAACAAUUCGAUUGGGUACGAGACAAAAAUGGGUGCGCGUUUUGCAUUGCAUGCGACAAAACAAUAUUGAACCAUUUGACACACCUUAAAAACCACGAAAAGACAACCUUCCAUGUGGUUAACCUUGAGCGCAAAAAGAAGCAACUUUCCAUUGACAAAUUUUUGGGCCCAGAACAUCAGAAAUUCCAACAACAGGUACGCGAUGCUGAACUUACACUAGUGAUGUUCCUUAUAACCCACAACCUUCCAUUCUUAUUAAUGGAUUAUUUACCGGGUUUAUUAACUGAAUGUUGUCCAGAUUCAAAUAUAGCAAAAAAUAUUAAAUGUGGAAGAACUAAAUCAGUUCAACUGACUGAGUUUCUAUCAAAUUUGGCUAGUAAAAAUAUUGUAAAUUAUCUUAAACAAAACAAAUUCUCACUGAUCGUUGACGAAACAACAGACGUUUCCAUGAAAAAGUGCUUAGUACUGGUUGCCAGAUAUGUGGACAGUGUUCACGUAGUCCACGAUCGAUUCCUUGCUAUGAUUGAGCUUGCACAGGCAGACGCUCAAACAAUAUUUUUCGCAAUUAAAGAAUUUUUCCGGAAAUAUAGCAUUCCUUUACAAAAUAUUAUUGGCUUAGCCACUGACGGUGCAAGCGUCAUGGCAGGCGAAAUAGGUGGUCUAAAAACACUUUUAAAAAUGGAAGCGGAUAUUUUUUAUUUAAAAUGUACCUGUCAUUCCUUGCACCUAUGUUCUAGUUAUGCCUCCAAGAAACUUCCAGGUAACAUUGAGGUGUUGUGUAGAAACAUCUAUAAUUAUUUUUCGCAUAGUCCUAAGCGAAUUUCUGAAUUAAAAGAAUUUCAAAACUAUUGCUGCGUAGCAACUCACAAAAUUUUAGGAAUCUCUCAGACAAGGUGGCUUUCACUGGAGGGGGUUAUCUGCAAAAUUAUAGAGCAAUGGGAGAGUCUUAAAUUAUAUUUCAUUUCCUGUUUCUUGGAGAACUUAUUAGAAUGUGAUUCGGAUAUUGUAAUAAUGCAAUGGAAUUUGCUAAGGCUCAGCGAAACAAAUUUAAAAUGUGACAUGGAUAUAGUAUAUUUCUGGCAACAAAUAAUUCUGCUGCAGCUGAACGAAAAUUUUCAGACCUCGCUCUUAUAA